AUGAAACUUGGAGGCGAAACGGUAAAACAAAUAGUAGAAAAAAUAUUCCGAGAGAACUCCCUGACAGGCGCAGCAAAUAAAACACCAAUCAAAUUGGUAGGUUGCCUGAUGAGAGAUGGUAAAGAGAUACCACUAGAUAAGGAAAGGGAAUGUCAGCUGAUGUUAGAAGCCAAAGAUGCGGAGAUAGAAAAUCUCAGGGACGAAUUAGAGACAUUCAAGAAGUAUAACGUAAGUGCAGAUGAGCAGAUAGAUAAUUUAAAAAAGGAAAAAAAGAUUGCAGAAGAACAAAUAAUAUUUUUAGAAAAUGAUGCAAAAAAAUGUUCGGAAUUAGAAAAGAAGAUAACGAGCGAGGUUGCCACAUCUAGUAAGCAGAAAAGUAAGACAAAAAGCCACGAUCGGCGUAGAAAAUCCAAAAAAAAGAAAUCAACAACACAAGAAAUUAAAAAGGGGAAGAUCACCGAAAUUCUGGUAACAACUUCCGAUGAUAAUUAUUUGGAUAAAUAUUUUGCCGAACAAUCACGUGACAUGAAAUUUUAUGAUUUUCCUGCUUAUUGGAAAGACAACGUAAUCUAUGAAAUGUUAAAAAAAGUAGGAUAUAUAGAAAGACUGGAAGUCAAACAUAACUAUAAGUAUCGAACGGUUCGUGCUAGAAUCCGCUUAACAAAAGAAAUGGAAGAAAAUUCAUUAAAGGCGGUUCUAAUAUAGCACUAACAAGAAAUGAACGUACGUAUUUUUUUAUACAAAAAAUUAGAUAAAGACGAUUUGGAAAAAAAUGAUUACGAAAUAGUCAAGAAUUAUAAUACAGAAUUUGGUGGUCAUUUUGCCAAAGUAAUCAAAAUCAACAAAAUAAAUACAUUUUGAUUUACUUUAACAACGAAAAUGAUCUAUUGAAAGCAAUUUAUAACUCAACGAUGAAAGAAGAAAAUGAGAUAGGCGAUGGUCUAAAAAUUAAACUUCAGGAUGAACUAAUCGGAGAUGAAGGGACGUACAAAAGAAAAAUAGGAAUAAACAGAUUUAAAGUGCCAACGCAAACAAAAUCGAAAGAUAAAUUCUUUGACGCCAAG